GUGCAUGAACAGGCUGUUCUAGGUAGCCAUCAUUAGACAAUUGUACCAAACCUUGCACUAAAUAAAACGAAAAUCCAAAAAGACAAUGUCUGCUCUUGCUUUAUUAGCAUCAUACAUUCCUUCUUUCUGGUAUGGGACUGAAAUCUUUGUGCUGUGUCUAACUGCAAUAUUACUAACAUUUCUGCAUGAUUGGUUGUUGUACUGCUAUUCUAACAAUCAUUCCAUUUCAAAAUGGAGGAGUAUUUGCUCAAAAAAAAAUCAAGGAGACCCGGCCGAGGUCAGUUUUGUCAAUGUACCUGACACGAAAGAACACGAAAAGAGUGUCAAUGCACCGAGUACAUUCAUGACUUGCACAUAUUUAAGAAAAUCAGGAGGAUUUUUAUUCCCCUGAUUGUCUCAGUCAGCAACCACCGCAUACCAGUUCUGGAAAAAGAAAUAGCAGCACACCAUCCUUUCCUGCUGCCUCUUCCUCCCUUCAUUCUUAUACCCUCACCCAACGCAAAGCAAUGGAGAACAGCUUGUUGUUAGCAUCAUUGCAGUUGCAGAAGCAGAAGCAGAAGCAGAGGGAGGACGACGACGACGAAGCGAAGGAAAGGAAGGAAAGGAGGAAUCAGCAGAGGUCGCAGAAUCAUGGAUUGCUGCAUCUGCAGCCCCAUGGCCACCAUGUACAGGCUUCCGAGGAACGCUAUCUGUGGCCCUUGCCAUGAAGGUGCCAAAGCCAUCAUCGGAUUCCUGAACAAGGAUGAGGAGCGAGAAGAUGGUGGCCAUGGUUCUGUCAACUCCCACGGGCCAUCCAAGCUUAACAGCUCAAACAAGGGAAUGAGAGAUGCAUGGGAGCAGGUGAAGGAGAUGAGAGACAGGGCGGAGAAGACCAACCAGAGAGCCGCCUUCCUUGAGCACGGCUUGGCGCUGGCGUGGAAGGAGGGAAUCCACACCGACAUCGUCGUGAAACCUGGCACUGGGCCCCCAAUCCCAGCCCACAAGGCCAUCCUGGCCGCGAGGUCGGAGGUGUUCCGGCACAUGCUGUCCGGCGACGAGCACUGCAAGGCCCCCGCCGGCGACUCCUUCUCCCUCCCUGAGCUCUCCCACGGCGAGCUCUCCCUCCUCCUCGCCUUCCUAUACACCGGCGCCCUCGACCAGGACCUGCCGGAGCGCCAGCUGCACGCGCUUCUCGUCGCCGCCGACAAGUACGACGUCGCGUUCCUGCGGCGGGCCUGCGAGGCGAGGCUGGCGGCGCGCGUGGAGCCCCGGAACGCGCUGCGGACGCUGGAGGUGGCCGAUCUGAGCUCAAGCGCGGUGCUGAGGGAGCGCGCCAUGGAAACCGUGGUGGAGCACGCGGAGCAGGUGGUGUUCUCGCCGGAGUACGACGAGUUCGCCGUCAGGAACGCCGGGCUGUGCGUGGAGAUCACCCGGGCGCUGCUGGCCGCCAAGAUGACGACGACGACAACUAAAUCGGAUCCCCAUGAAGCAUAGAUCGAGGAUGUGUAGAAGAGCUCUUGCUUAAUUAGUUUUGACUUUUGAUCGAGUGAUACGUGUACAUGGAUAUAUAUGUCUGAAACUCUGAAGCAUCCAUGCAUUAUAUUGCAAAUUUGCAACUGCAACACACAGGAAAGUGUUAAUUUGCAUUGGGUAGAAAAUGCUAUUACA